GUACAGUUUCACAGCAGCGGAAGCAGCAGCAGAAGGAGAAUGGUCAGACAUAUGUUCUCUCAUCUCCUACUACUCUGGUCACUCAGCCAUGACCUCCUUAUAACUGGAUUGACAUAUUAUGAGCCAAAGGAGCAGUCCUGGAACAACCAGAAUCUCUAUUCUGUCCCUCUGGAUUUGGAUGUAAGGCUUCGAAGACUAGACCUGUCCAAUAACUUCAUCAGACAGUUGCACACACUUGCUUUGCCAUACUUGGAGCAGCUGGACCUGAGCAUCAACCAGCUGGAUCUCAUAUCCGAAGGGGCUUUUGAAAACCUGGCUCGACUUGAAGAGUUGAAUUUGUCCAGAAAUGCGCUGAACAACAACCUUGGCAGUAACAGCAGAGCACUCCAAUCCAUCAGUAGGCUGAAGACUUUGGACGUAUCAAUGAACGGUUUGAGGGAUGAUGCUGUGGAACUGUACCUUCGAAACAAAUCUUCUCUUGAUCGACUUAAGAUGACUGGUAACGCUUUAACAAGACUUUCACACAACUUAUUCAAAGAGAGUAAAGGUUUGAGGGCCAUUACUAUUGAUGACAAUCUGAUAUCAGUAAUAGAAGAGGGGACAUUUGAACCAUUAAGCCAAUUGGAGAUGCUAAACUUGGCCAAAAAUAACCUUGCAUAUAUCUGUGAUUUUAAAUUACAUCAAGUCAAAUAUCUGAAUCUCAGUAGAAAUUCAGUCGAGUUCUUUGUUACUCGUGAGGAUAACCAGUUGUACAGUCUUGAAAUUCUUGAUCUGAGUCACAACAAACUCCUUUAUUUCCCAAUUGUUCCAAAAAUGAACAGUUUGAAGCAUCUUUAUUUGCAGAAUAAUAUGGUGGGUGCCUUAAAUUCAGAGGCUACAAUGGUGUCUGAGGCCAACGCUCUUUAUAAUGAGAUUAUAAGUGAGAAAACAGUUAGAAAAAAUAACCUACACUCAAACUGGAGGCUGAUGCCACUGAUUCAUAUUGACCUGAGCUAUAACCACUUCAGGUCUUUCCCAUUGGAGACUUUGAGCCUUCUCUCAUCUUUAGAAACUCUGAAUUUCAGUUACAACUGCCUGCAAAACAUCACAUUGAAUAUUAGAAAUGAUAAUGAAUCAGGAUACCGUCGGCAGCUGUUCUUUCCCUCCUUAAAGUACCUUGACCUGCAAAGCAAUGGACUUGCAUAUAUUUCCCCGCUCUUUCUCAAUGCACUUACACAAAUAGAAACAUUAAAUCUACGAGACAAUUCUGUGCAACCUUGUGCGUCUACGGACCAUUUGCAAAGCUCUCAAUCAACAGAGGAAAUGAAUCUCAACACAUCCUGUGUUGUGUUUGGGCAGUUAAGGACUCUUAAACACCUCAGUCUUAAAGAAAACAACAUCAAAAUGCUUCACCCAAACUCGUUUCAAAAAACCUCUUUGAUUUCCUUGAACCUUGCAAGAAAUUCACACAUGGUAAUGCAAGUGGGGGCAUUAGAAGGUGUGCAAAAGACUCUUCAGUCCUUGGUUGUCAGUGAAAUAAACAUGACCAGCUCUGAUCUAUCUUUACCCUGCAUGCCAGCAUUAACUCAGCUGAACAUAUCGAACAACCAUCUAGAUAUAAUGCCCAGCAGUUUGAGCUGCUCCCCUCUGAGAGAAAUUGAUAUAAGAAAUAAUAAUUUUGUGUCUUUAAACUAUUCUUUGAUUCUUGCUUUAUCUGUACACCUCAAUCUUAUGUACAUUAGUGGAAAUUAUUUUAACUGUUGUGACAGUAAGUGGCUGACAAUCCUACAGGAGUUGAAAAUAAACCUUACUGAUCUCAGUGACACUGUAUGUGUUACAGGCGAUGGAAACAUUAUGAUCACAGGCUAUCUGAAAAAACCUUCAGUUUAUUGUUUGUCUCAUACAAAAGCACAGGAAAUUCACUUUGGACAAUUGAUCAUAAUAGUUUUAUUUGUAACUGUAAUAUUAACAGUACUCAUCAUAUUCACCAGGAAGGUGUGUUGCACACAGGGAUCAUUUUUUGUGUGAUAUCUAAAAUCUAUUGUCAUUUGGGUUUUUUUGAAGCAUACUUCCCAUGAGUUUCAUUUUGCAUGACCCAUUUUACUAUAAACAGAUGUGGGGCUUAAUGGCUGCUUUGUAAAAACUAAUAGUUAAUUAAUGAAUCAAAUGCAGUAAAAUCUACAUCGUCUGACACAUGAUUCUGUUCUCAUCUCCAUUCAGGCUUUCUCUUAUGACUCUCCUGCACGUUACUAGUCUGUAGGACAUGCGUCACGUUCUGUGACCUGUGCAGCUGAAAUGUUGUGAUUGAAAUUGGCUUCAUCAACUCCCAAGCUGUUUGGUUACGCCAAAUUCACUAAUAAGGCGAAGAUUUUUUUGCCCAUCCUUCAUUGUGAAAUAUUUGUUUGCGACUAAGUGUUUAACCUUGGCUCAAAGUUUUCUGACGUCUGUGAGACCUUACACAACAUUCCCAGAAUCUGGACUGAACUCCUGUAAAAGUUCAACACAAUGCCAGUAAGAGACCUUGCUUAUUUGACAGUAUGUAUAUUCAAAGUCUAUUUUAAUAUACGUCCCUAUCUGUUUGUGUUUUGUAAUAUAUGAUUUAUGUGGCUCUGACCCUGACAGACUGUUAUCCAAUACAGUGGUAUAUGUGGCAACAGUUAUGCUGUAUAUAAUAAACAUCCUGUACUUAAUAACCACAA